AUGCUGACCGGCAGGGAGAGCCUGGUCCACCUCAUCGGCCGUCGCCGCAGCACCCUCCUCUCCGCCCACCUCGCCGUCGUCCUCCUCUCGCCCUCCCGCUCCACCUCCCUUCUCCAGGCCGAUGACGCGGGCGCGGGUAUGGGUGAGGCGAAGGGUGAAGCGGCCGUUGUUGCCCCUUCUUUGUUCGGAGGGAGCGCCGGCUCGGAGCAGGUGGCGUGCCCCGUCUGUCGUGAGUUCAUCCCCGGCUCCGACUACUGCAUCAACAGUUCAACACCCACCAGUUCCCCAGAAUCAGUGGAACACUCACUUCUCUUAUAUAUGCCUCACGAGAGGACCGAAAUGGAAGUUCUAGAGCAGCUUUCUCGAUUUCAGAUUCAGUACAAAAACAGUUGA